AAAUCACGUCUGUAUUUCAUUGAAACGUGCGCUACGUAAACCCAGUGGCGAGUGGGCUCUGUUCGACAAUGAAGCUGAUGAGCUACCCACUCUCGUUGCCGAACGACCGCAUCACCUAAUUAGAAGCGUGCAUCCUCGAGCCAGGUCGAUCAGGUGUGUGUCCGACGAGCGGCGAGAAGUCAGGUGCACCUGCCGCGAAACAAGCAGAGAACGGGUCCACAAAGGAUUGUGCAAGAUCAAUGCUGAAGACAUCCCACCAGGAUAACUAAAUCAGAUCUGGAAUAAAAUCAAGAGCUUUUCCAGGAGAACUUCUGAUUUGGAUUUUUUUUUUAAUGUUUGGCUGUAAUUGAUGGCUGAGCAACAGCAAGGAAAUAAAAUUGUAUGUUAAACUUUACAAAGAAAUAUGAAGAAAUCAAGAAAAGGUGGAGUGAUGGCCCAAAGUGGAGUGGCCUGUGCAUUUAUCCUGAAUUUCUUUAUGAAUCUGCAAAGAGCACAUGGGACCCUGCAGUUCCCCACUGACUAUAAAAUGGAUGGUUUGGAGAAACCUCCCAUUAUCACUGAGCAGUCUCCAGAAACACUCAUUGUCUACUCAAGUGAUGAUGUCAUUGUGAAAUGCGAAGCCAUGGGGAACCCAAAACCUGAGUUUCGGUGGACAAAAGAUGGACAUUUUUUUGACAUCAGUGCAGAAUCCAGACUACGAAUGAGCAAGGAUUCAGGAACCUUUUCCAUGAUAAGCAAUGGCAAUGGUGUCGGAGGCAUCAAACAUUAUCAAGGCAAAUACCGGUGUUAUGCCGCCAACACCCUGGGCACUGCCAUCUCUACCGAGAUCACCUUGAUUGCGGAGAGCCCUCCAAAGUGGCAGAAGGAGGUCAUUGUUCCAGUAGAAGAAGAGGAGGGGGAGAGUGUUGUCUUACCCUGCAAUCCACCUAAUAGCACAGCACCACCCAUAAUUCACUGGAUGGGAAGAAAUCUGCGCCACAUUAAUGAAAAUGAGCGUGUGACACAGAGCCGGGAUGGAAACCUGUAUUUUUCUAAUGUAGUGGAAUCAGACAGCCGUGAUGACUACAUCUGCCACGCUCAGUUUAUUGGUGCUCGGACCAUUGUGCAAAAGGAAGCUAUCCAGCUGAAAGUUAAUCCUACAAACUCUGUGAGGAAUCGCAAGCCUCACUUUCUGGUGCCAAAGGGAGAGAAGAGUUCUUACUUGGCAUUGCGUGGGCAAACUCUGGAGCUGGAAUGUAUUGUAGAAGGGCUGCCAACUCCCACAAUGCAGUGGGUUUGGAAAGAUGGUGAAAUGUCAAAAGAGCGAAUGAUUCAAGAGAAGUACAACAAACUGCUCAGCAUCAAGAACAUCACUGAAGCUGAUGAUGGAGAGUACCAGUGCAUUGCUACGAACAUUGAAGGCACCAUUAAACAUACCUACACCGUCACAGUGGAAGCUGCCCCAUACUGGAUCAAGAAGCCUUUGAGUGGAAUAUAUGGACCAGGCGAGAAUGUAGGUCUUGAUUGUGUGGCGGAGGGCACACCCAAACCGCAAAUAAUGUGGAAGAUCAAUGGUUACCCCAUUAAAGAUAUAGAUCCUGACAAGAAGCGUACCGUGAAGGAAAAGUCACUGAUUCUCUACAGUGUUGCUCCAGGAGACACAGCUGUGUACCAAUGCGAAGCCACAAACAAGCAUGGCAGUAUCCUCUCUAAUGCUUACGUUUACGUGAUCAAGCUUCCUCCUCAGAUUCUAACUCCUGAUGGGAAAACAUAUGUUGUGGCUGAGGAGAUGACUGUCGAUCUACACUGUGAAGCAUUUGGAUCACCAAGGCCUACUAUCAGUUGGAGACUGGAAGGAAAUGGUGAAGGCCAUAUUAUGGCGAGCUCCCACUACAAAAUUUUUCCAAAUGGCACCUUGCAAAUUUCCAAUGCCUCCAAAGAGGACAGCGGCCUUUACAAGUGCUCAGCAAAUAACACUGAAGAUGAAUCCUCCAUCUCUGCAACAGUGAUUGUCCGAAGCAAAACCAUUAUUAUUGAGCGACCGCAGGAUCUGAAGGUGAAGGUAGGAGGAACAGUCCAGUUCAACUGUAUAGCAAAGUUUGAUCCAGAAUUUGAUUCACAACAGAUCAUCUGGAAAUGGAAUGGCCAGAAGAUUAUGGAGUCACCAUUUGAUGACAAGUAUGAAAUUGAUGAUAAUUUACUUAUAGUGAACAAUGUUGAAACGAAAGAUCAAGGGAUAUACACCUGCAUGGCAGUCACAGGCCUGGAUUAUGAUGAAGCAAAAGGCAGUCUCGUUGUUAUGGAUCGCCCAGAACCUCCUACCAAGCUUGAGUUGUCAGAUGAACAAGCUCGGAGUGUAACACUUAGUUGGAGCCCUAGUAAAGACAACAAUAGUCCAAUAAAAGAAUACCUAAUUGAAUUUCAGGAUCCAUUUGCUCCUUCAGUAUACCAUGAGUUGAAGAAGGUAGAUGGUAAGACGACAGUUGCCAAAUUAGACCUCGCAGGAUUUGUGGAGUACUAUUUCCGUGUGAUUGCUGUGAACGAAGUAGGCUCCAGCAUCCCCAGCUCUUUAACAGAUCCCUACAAAACUGACAAAGCAGCUCCAGACAGGAACCCUAACGGAGUUAAGGGUGAAGGGAAAGAACCUUACAACAUGGUCAUUCAAUGGAAGCCUAUUAAAAACCUUGAGUGGAACGCCCCUGAUUUCCGCUACAAGGUCAGCUGGCGUCAGCGUAAAGAUAUGGACCAUGACUGGCACCACAUUUACACAGGAGAGUCACACUACACAGUCACAAAUACAAGCGUGUUCACAGCCUAUGAAAUACGAGUUCAAUCUGUGAACGAGAUGGGAGAAGGGCCAGAACCCAGAACGUAUAUUGGCUAUUCUGGCGAGGAUGAUCCUGAAAAGGCCCCAGAAAAUAUUGGUAUAAUUUUAUUAAAUGGCUCUGAAGUGAAGGUCACAUGGAUGCCUGUCCCACCUGAAAGUAUCAGAGGCCACUUGCUGGGCUACAAGAUACGUUGUCAACGAAAACAUCACUUGCCAGGAGAACCUCACCGAAAGCAAAUAGUGGUGGAUGUGCAAGGAAACAAAAACCAUGCCAUAGUCUCAGGACUGGAUCCAUUCACAGAUUAUGAGUUGGAUAUGCGUGUGUUCAAUAAUAAAGGAGGAGGUCCAGUUAGUGAAGCAAAAGAAUUCAAGUCCGCAGAGGGAGUGCCCGGACCUCCAGCUUCUCUGCACAUUGAAAGCCCUUCAGAGAGUGUGAUCAACUUGCACUGGCAACCGCCUGCCAAGCCCAAUGGCAUCUUGUUGGGGUAUCGUCUACAAUACCAGCAGUUUAAUGACUCUACAAAUGGACUUUUGGAGGACCACUUGAUUGAAGAUGGCAAUCUCAUGAACUAUACUCUUACAGAAAUGGAUCCUAAGAGUAUUUAUCGUUUCUAUCUGAGAGCACUAACAAGUGUUGGAGAGGGGCCACCAAUUGUCAGAGAAGGUGCCACAGUCAUUGAAGGAGCUCUACCUACCCUGGAAAACAUCAGCACUUUUGCUGGUAAGACUUAUGCCAAUGUCAGCUGGGAGACUCGAGAAGGCUACAGAAAUGUGGAGUUCCAGAUUCAUUAUCUUAACAAAAAUGUAAAGGAGGCAAUGAAGAUUUUAGAAAAAGUCAAUUCAACCCAAAGCUUCCUACAGAUUAAGGACUUGGAGCCUGGGACAAUGUACCGCAUCCUGUUUGUUGUCAAGAACAGGACAAUUGAUGUGCCAUUCUGGGAGACAGAAAUUCAGACUGAUGGGCCUGCGUUGUCUGAGAUCCACGGAGGCUUUGCCACACAAGGCUGGUUUAUUGGCCUGAUUAGUGCAAUUGUCCUGCUAUUGCUUAUUCUUCUUCUGAUAUGCUUUAUCAAGAGAAAUAAAGGAGGAAAAUACUCAGUUAAGGACAAAGAAGAUGCCCAUGUGGACUCAGAAGCAAGACCUAUGAAGGAUGAGACAUUUGGAGAGUACAGAUCAUUGGAGAGCGAUAACGAAGAAAAGCAGUAUACAGGCAGUCAGCCAUCCUUGAAUGGAGACAUCAAGGCGUUGGGUUCAGACGACAGCCUGGCAGAUUAUGGGGGUAGCGUGGAUGUGCAGUUUAAUGAGGACGGCUCCUUCAUCGGUCAGUAUAGCGGGAAGAAGGAGCCCAAUAUCAUCGGAGGACAUGACAGCUCUGGCGCAACCUCUCCCGUCAAUCCCAAUGGCAUCAUACCGCCUCCUGUGAUGGUGGCCCUGGAAUGAAUGCUAGGGAUCUGAAGGGGACCAGGGUACAGGGAUUGGACUUUGAAUUAAGGAUCUGUAGCCAAGCGUCUCUAAAGUGUUGCUUUUACUUCCACAUGAAAUCAAUUGCGUGUCCAUCUGGUGUCAAAGUGACAGACUCUUGCAGAAAAAAAAGCACCACAUAAGGAACAUUUCCCAGCAUGCUGAGCAGUACCCCUAUUUCCCAGUAUUACCGUUAUUGAGGACUCCAGUCCCAGUGUCUUGUUGGUAUGGGGGAUAUGGCCCAAAACACAUUACCAUUCAGUGAUCAAAUGUAAACACACCUUCAAAAAGCUUGCUUUGGGCCCCAAAUUCAUUCUAGUCGUGCCCUACAACAUUAUUGUAACAAACCCCAUCCAAUAUCGUGAGUGACAUGUUAUUGUAAUAAUCUGCUUGUAAUUUUCUAUUGGCCAACAUAAAUAAUGUUUACUGUUUCAGGUGUUCAGAAGCCCUAGAGUUAGAUAGGAAAGACGCUUGUCACCAGAUCUUUAAAUGUGACAGAAUGGCUAUAGUGACCAAUCAACCAGAAUCCACCAAUCAGUCACUGGUGUCAUAUCCUGGGUCUCUGUGACCUUGAAAACCAGAGGAUGGGUAAAUAAAUGAAAAGGGAAACCAGCAUGUUGGUGAUAAAACCACUCUAGAGAAGUCACUUACGGGCGGCAGUGAGGGUGCGCAUGCUGUCAUCUUUUAUUGCUUAUGACCCUGGACUUGUCUCUUGAGUAUUUGGCUUUGAUUUGCCCAGCCUCUGUUCAGUACUUAACCCUGUUCCUGAAAUUCUGCGGACCAAUUCCAUUGCUUUUACUCAGAUCUAGAAAUGACAACCAUGCGCUGCCUAUAAAACAUAUCUACUGCCCGUCUGUCUGUGUGUCUGUGUGUGUCUAUGGCUGCCUUUCAUGAGAGAUGUGGCACUGGCAGACAUGUCUCCAGCCACUUCUCCCCAUCUCUGUACAAAGCACAGACACUUCAGGUUUAAAUUUCUCAUCUAACAUACAAGAGAUAAAACGUGAGCCUCUUUUGUCACAGCAGUUAAGAAACAGAACUCUUUCCCAGCUUGCCCUCACACUUUACACCUUGCCGGGUACGUAGCUGAAGUCUGCAAGUCUACUUUGUGAGUGAAGUCUUUACACCACCAACAGCCAAAGAGGGCACACUUGGAUGUCAAUUCAGUUCCUAUCCACCUGGCAUACCAACCCAGACCCAUUUUCCCAGUUUCUUUUAUAUGACAGAAGAGUGUGUUUCCAGUUUUUUAGGUGUUGUAUAAACUUUUAUAUGCAUUUUAAAGACAGACAAAUGAGAGCGGGCAGCUUCACUCUCCAGGAUCAACUGCAUUACACAGGCACAGAGAGUAAGUGUGCCACUGUAGAUCCAGCUUUUCAGAUGCCUUGCAGUACCAACUGUCACAGUGAGUGUCGUCUUGUGGCACUGGUUCAGGCCAUGUGUGGCUCUCACACAGUGCAAAUGAGGAUAGGCGAGGCCAACCCAAUUUACUGGUGGAGUUCUGUAAUGAGAGCUGCUGGCCCUGAAAAACAAGAGGGUCAAGUUUUCUCCUCAAAAGUCAGUGUUCUUGAAUGUAUGUCCGUCUGACCCAUCCAUCCGUCUUUCUGUCUUAUCUGGGGUAAAUGAUUGAUUGAUCCUAUCUGAUUUUCUAUUUGUCUCUUGGUUUUUCUCUGUAAAAGAAGGGGAAUGGCUCUUUUUAUAUAUAUUUAUCUACCAUUGGUGUAUACAACUUGUGUUUGGGGUGAUGGGGUGGGUACAGGAAGGGGAAUUUUGUACAGAUGGCCUUGUCACAAGUCACUGUAACCCAGAGAUGGGGGCCUGAAGUGAAAAUGGAAACCGUUUUGCUCUAGUCAAGCAUAACCUGCAGUCCUCCCGUUCGUCUUAGCUGUGAGAUUAAUCAGGCUUGCUUUGGUUUGGGCCCAAGUUUUUUUUUUUUCAAUGAUCCCUCACAGUUCAUUGCUCCUGACCAUUACAUAGCCUGUCCCCCACCAGUAUCUCUCUCUCUCUCUAUCAGUGGCCUGAAGAGCUUCUCGAAUGUAAAAUCAAUGGGGACAUAAUGGUCAGGACAGAAGAUCUAGAGACGGGACCUGCCCUGCCAGUGUUUGGCCCCAAGAUUUAGGAAUGGAAUGUUACAAUGGCUUGUGACAAUCGCCAGCAAAAAAGACUGUCAAGGAGGUGGAGGAGUGUAAACUGAAUGUAAAUAACUUCUGGUUUGUGUUUCCUUGUUAAUUGUAAUGUGGCUGUUAGUUGUAUAGUAGUCACAAUGUCUACUACAGAGACCUCCUAGUUAGACCGUGAUAGAUUAUCAAAUAGCCUGAUGACGACAAUGAUGAUGAUGAAGAUGAUAAAACAAUGCAUUGCAGUAACAGUGUACUCUCCUGUUUAGUAAGUUGAUAUUCUUUUAUAUAUAUAUAUAUAUAUAUAAUUAUAUACAAAAAAUGAACAAAAUGCAAAUACUAUGAACACUGUGGGCAUUAAUAAUUAGCCCAGUUAUGUAAGAUUAAUAGCCUACUUGCUUAAUAUUCUGAACCAAUGUCCUGGCUGGGCUCCGGUGUGAUCCUGCUUAUGCAUUUGCAGCUUCAUUAAAGGAAUUGUUGACAUUUCG